AUGGCAGCUACCGAUCUGAGACCUCUGUCGAUCCCGCCGAGCGGGUCCUGGCAAGGGGUUGACGGACAAUGGUCCACUUUCCAUGUUCAAGUUGGCACGCCAGGUCAAACCCUUCAUCUACUGCCUGGCUCGUCCGUCCAAGCAGGAAACGCCAUCUGGGCGAUCGCGCCCGAAGGCUGCGCUGAAGAGAAACCGGGAAUGUGGAAUUGCGAAGAAGAGCGAGGCGAUGUUUUCAGUGCGAACGAGUCGUCGACAUGGUCAACCUCACAAAUCGGCAACAACACAUAUUACAACCUCAAUCCCAUCAUUGAGUCUAUGCUUGGACUCAAUGCCAACGCUUCAUACGGGGUCGACACGGUCACUUUAGGCGCACCCGAAGAUGGCCUACCGACUUUACCAAAUCAACUCGUGGCUAGAAUUGCAUCAAAUGACUUUUGGGUAGGAGUGCUAGGACUCAGUCCACAGCGGCUCAACAUAUCCGGCUUCAGCGAUCCGGUGCCUACCUUGAUGGGGGCUCUGAGUGAUCCUGACAAUCGAACAAUCCCAAGCACGACCUGGGCAUAUACAGCUGGCGCUUACUACAAAGACGCCCCAACCUUUGGCAGUCUCACGCUGGGCGGCUACGAUGCCAGCCGCUUCGACCCCAACGAAUCAGUGACCGUACCAUUCUCUAUCAAUCCAUCUCAGGACCUCCAAGUCAAUCUACAGUCGAUCACCUUCGAUGAUAACGGCAGCACACCCCUCCUGAAUGAGACGAUCACAGCUUACAUCAACAGCAUGAUCCCAUACAUCUGGCUCCCACCCGAAGUCUGCGAUGUCUUCGAAGAAAGACUAGGAAUCGAAUACGACACUACGACAGAGCUCUAUCUCCUGAAUGAGACUACUCACGACCGACUCCACGAGCUAGCUCCCGACUUCACCUUCACGCUGGGCGGCGCCAACAGCAGCCAGACUGCCACCAUUGUACUGCCCUACGCAGCUCUUGAUCUGAACGUCUCGUAUCCCCAUAUCAACGACACGCAAUGGUACUUCCCGAUCAAGAGGGCGCGAUACCUCAGUCAGUACACCCUCGGCCGUGUCUUCUUGCAGGAGGCCUACGUAAUCGCCGACUACGAUCGAAGGAACUUCACAGUCGCUCAAGCGCUUUUCUCAUCUAACUCGACACCGGAGCUGAUCACUAUCCUACCUCCAGACACCAGUGGCUCGAGUAGCUCGCUUACUGGCGGCGCCAUAGCUGGCAUUGUCAUCGGCGUGAUCGCUGGUCUGGUGGCUUUAGCUCUGGCAUUCUGGUUCUGGCGCAGACGUCAACGAUCAAAGCAGGCAACAUCAGCACCUGCUGCUGCUACGAACGAGAUUGCUGAAGUUGGAGGGCGAGAGAUUCAGGAGAAAGCUGGUGAUGAGGUCCAGCGUGAUUAUAAAGAUGCGGAUGCGUACAAGCAGAAGAUGUCGUUCACAUCAGAUGCUCCGCAUAGUCCGUCUGAACUGCCUUCGGGCCAGACGCCGUCGUCGUUACUGAGGGAGGGCUCGUGGCCGCAGCAGUAUUCGGAGCUGCCGGCGGAGAUACCGCCGGUGCCUGGGGUACAUCAUCGGAGUAUGGAGUGA